AUGUCUCAUUCCUCCCAAAUUCAAACGGAUGAUGGAAUCUCAUGGCAUGUCGAGCGAAGUGGCUCCGGCCCCCAUAUCCUUCUCAUCCCUUCCGGUGAAGGCGACUGCCACUCCUUCACGACUAUCGCGACUCUCCUCUCCCCCACUUUCACCGUAACCACCUUCGAUAUGCCCGGUUUCUCUCGAUCAAUUGCUCCUCCUUCCGCCCUUAAAAAUCUUACCCCUAGUGUCAUCGCCGACCAAAUCAUUUCACUUAUGGAUAAACUCUCUAUCCCCUCUGCAACUAUUUUUGGAAGCAGUUCAGGAGGCUUAUUCGCUUUGGAUUUAUUGCUGAGACAUGAGGAGAGAGUGGAAGGAAUCAUCAUCCACGAAGUCCCGAUGGAGUGUAUCCCUGAGCUACUCUCCUGGCAACAUCUCCCUGAAUCCGAAAACCCCAAAAUCGCCGCUAGAUGCAAGGACAUGUUCGUGAACUUUAUGAACGAAGAUAAAGCCGCAUGGGAAAACCUAGGACCAGAGUUUCAUAGCAGACUUGAGAAGAACUUUAUCACGUGGGUUAGGAAUUAUGUGGUGGUGGUGGAAGCGAUAGUAUGGGAUAAGGAGGGGUUGAAGAAAAGAAAGGAUAAGAUCAGAUGGUCGUUGGGGGCGCAGAUGCCGAUGGGUGUAUUUUUUGGCAAUGUGGUGUUGGCGACUGAACUUGGUAUUGAAAUGAAGUUGUUGAACUCUAAGCAUUUCCCAUACGUGAGUAUUCCGGGGGAGAUGGCGGAGUAUAUUCGAGGUUGCUGUCAAUAA